GCAGCAGUGAGCAAGAAAAUGUAGAGCCGUGCACUGCGUGGAUUGCGGAGGAUGUUGGCGAACAGGACAGCCGACGUGCCGUUCCUGCACUGGGAAUACAACACAAGAACAUGCUUAUCGUACUGAUGGAGAGAAUUUGACGAUUCUCUUGGUCCAUUGCCAGUUAGCGGGGGAGCGACUACUGAGUCGGUUUUGAUCCGGAACGUAGUGUAUGCCAUGGGCUGAAAUGAUCAAAUCGAGAAUUCAAGAGGGAUAAAAGAAAGCGCCCAACUGGAACCAAUAGCAAAUCACCACCUGUUAACAGAAUAGCAGGUGGUGUUGGCAGGGGUGAAGGGACCUCCAGACACAGCUAAGUUCACCUCCUGUCCCAGCGUGAGGAGCAGCUGGCAUCCCUGGGUCCCCACAGACCUUAUGGCUUGACCGCCACACUUACCGUGCUGUGGAUCUUUCUGUGCAGGAUAUUUCCCCCUGACAUUAGCACAUGGAUUUCAAGACUUCAAAUGAAGAAACAAAGACGGGGAUUUAUCUGCUGCAGGAUGGCAAUGAAGAGCCCUUCAAUAUCCGACUGCACUUGGCCAAAGACAUCCUGACCUUACAAGAACAAGAUGUUAUUUGCGUGUCUGGAGAACCAUUCUACUCGAGUGAAAGAACUGUAACAAUACGCCGGCAGACAAUAGGAGGUUUUGGCUUGAGUAUAAAGGGUGGUGCAGAACAUAAAAUCCCUGUUGUUAUAUCGAAAAUAUCAAAAGAACAAAAGGCUGAGCUCUCUGGUCUCCUCUUCAUCGGAGAUGGAAUUCUGCAGAUAAAUGGGAUCAAUGUGAGGAGUUAUCGCCAUGAAGAAGUGGUUCAAGUUCUGCGCAAUGCAGGGGAAGAAGUUACCCUCACAGUGUCAUUCCUGAAGAGGAUGCCUGCGUUUCUAAAGCUGCCGUUCUCUGAGGACUGCACAUGUGUACCAAGUGACCAGAGUAGUGGGACUUCAUCUCCAUUAUGUGACAGUGGUUUACAUCUCAACUAUCAUCCUAACAACACGGACAGCAUGUCCUGCUCAUCAUGGCCGGCGUCCCCGGCCCUACGCUGGGAGAAGCGCUGGGUGGACCUGCGUCUGAUUCCCCUCCUCCAUGCUCGCCUCUCCCAGCAUCUCCCCGGCUCUGACGUAUGCAGGCAAAAUGCCUUUCAAGUCAUUGCUGUGGAUGGGGUUUGCAGUGGGGUAAUUCAGUGCUCCAAUGUGGAAGAAUGUACUGACUGGCUCCAAGCAAUAGCAUCGAAUAUAUCUGCCCUCACAAAGCACAAUGUAAAGAAGAUCAACAGAAAUUUCCCUGUAAAUCAGCAGAUCAUUUAUAUGGGCUGGGUGGAGGAAAGAGAGCUGGACUCUGUGCAGGACCGAAUGUACACACCAAGGUUCCUUGCCUUGAGAGGUUCGUCUCUAUUCAAGUUUUCAGCACCUCCGGUAACGACGUGGGACUGGACCAGAGCAGAACAAAGCUCCACUGUCUAUGAGCUUAUGUUCAAGAUCCUUAAGGACAAUGACCUGCCGGACAAGCGAAGACAGUGCUUCAGCCUGCAGACGGAUAUGGGCGAGGACGUAGCAUUCAGCGUGGAGCUAGAGAGUGAGCUCCUGCUCUGGGAGAAGGCUUUUCAGAUGGCCACCUUUCUCGAGGUAGAGAGGAUACAGUGUAAAACAUACGCGUGUAUCAUGGAGAGCCAUCUCAUGGGACUCACCAUAGACUUCAGCAUGGGCUUUGUGUGCUUUGACGCAGCAUCAAAAGCAGUACUGUGGCGGUAUAAAUUCUCCCAGUUAAAAGGAUCUUCAGAUGAUGGCAAGAGCAAGAUCAAGUUUCUCUUCCAGAGUCAAGAUACGAAACUCAUCGAGGCAAAGGAACUGGAGUUCUCCAACCUUUUUGCGGUGCUGCACUGCAUUCAUGCAUUCUUUGCCGCCAAAGUGGCAUGCCUGGACCCCGUGUUUGUGGGCAGCCGGAGCGUUGCCACGUCUACAGUGUUGCCCACACCCACUGCUGUCACUUCUGUUGUGCAGGCCUCCAAGCUGAAGUACUCGAGUUGACACACCAUCUGCAACCCCCACCGUCACUGACUCUUUACCCUUGAAAAAACAUUUCACAUUGGCUUUCCUGGAGAGGGGCAUUUUAAGAUUGCACGAUUAAAAAAUGGAGACAGUGGACUAAACCAGCGAAGAUAUCAGAUGAGUUUUAACAGCACCGAUGAGCCUUGACCUUUUUACCCAUUUGGGCAAUGUGAAAACAACCAGGCCUGCUUGCAUUGGUACAGACUUGAACACAAGCCAAGGUGAUGUGAUGUCAUGUUUUGGAUACCUCAACAGAUACAAGUACAUAGAACCAGUGGAAAUUUUUAAUUAUGUCACUCAUACUAGUUGCAGGAAAAUGUUUUGUAGUCAUCAGGAUGCUUAGUUGUCAUGGAUACAAAACAAUUAGAACAUUAAUUAGUUCUUCCCCUUUGAUAUUGCAGUAAAUAUUUUUCCUUUAAUGAUAGCAUUCCUAAUUGUGUGUAGUCUUAAUCCUUUCUUUAGAUCAGAUAAUUGACUGAAAAGGAUGUUGGAGUCCUCGUAAUUCAGUGACCCAAGAUUGAAGGAUGGUUACUGAGUUACCCAAAUACAAAUUUCAAAUACUAGACCAUCAGUAAAUAAAUCGGUUUUAGCAAGAGUUGAAUAUCUUGGUCACAUUCCCUGCAAUAUCAUAUAUAAAACGGAGACAAACCUGAAUCUGUUUCCAAGUGACUUACACAACAGGGACAAAUACCUUCCUCAGUACCAUGAUGAACUAAAGAAACUCGAGGAUGCAGAGCUAUGUGGAUACUGUAAAGAUGAUGAUGUAUUAUUUUUGUUACUUUAGCCAUUUGCCUCAGAUUGAUGUGAACUACAGAUAUGACUACUGAGUUCAGGUUUGAACUGCAAGGAAAAAGGGGCUCUGUACCAUCUUUAUUCUAAUAUGCUGCUUCUCAAGCUUUGUGGAAGAUGUGUAAGUGUAGUCUUAUUCUUACACUUUAAAUAGUUGCUGCCCUUUAAUUUUCUACCCAUUACCUUAAUACAGAUCAAGCAGUGUUGUAACACCAUCCAAUUUUACAGUAAAACUCUGUACAGAAGGAAUCUCCUCAUAAUGUUGCCACAUAAGGGAUGCUACUAUGAUGAGACAAAAGCAGGCCCUCCCAGCAAACAGAGGCGAAGGGUGUAUGUAGUGCCACGGUCCUGACAGUUGGAGCUGGAACUGUGAAUUCCUGUGCUAUUUUUUCUCCCCAUCGUGCUUUAAAUUAGCCAGGUCUGCAGGAUGAGUGUAGCAGAGUCAACAUAGAGGGUUUCUCUUUUUUUUGUAUUUGUGUGUUGUAAGAUCACUCCUGUCAGUUUACAAAUUUGUUUGAUAAUUAAGAUGCUUAGAAGACAAGAACUCUAUUAUGAAAAAUUAAAUAUACAAUCUGAUACCCUAUAGUCACCAGUACAUUGCAUUUCUAAUGAGUAGUUUACCCAGUAGAAUUUCUUUUUUUUUUUCAUUUUCCUUUAGUCUUUCAUGGAAUAUUAAAUCUUUUGGACUACCCAUUAACUGUUACAUGAAAGGUUCAAAACUGAACAAUGCAUAAGGUGCAAUUGGUUUGCAAUAACUAUGACCCUUUGGAGUGCUGUAGCACUUUAAUGACUUCAUAGUUGAACUGCUUUAUAUCCCAAUACAGAAUGAGAGGUGUUUGUUAAAGACUAUGCAAUAGAACGACUUUUGGGCUGUAUUUGCUCUGUGAGGAGAUCUUUUGAUGUGCCGCUGGAAUAGUUCCAAUCUUCUAUAACAAGGAGUUUGAAAAGGAGCCUUUUAUUUUUCGCAACUUGUUUUAAUAAAGAUGUAUAGUGUACUUACUAAAAUAAAC